UAAAUACUCCCCCUCUACCCUCUCCUCACCCUUGCCCCCUCUCUCACACCCUCUUCUUCACACAAUUUCUGAGGUGUCUCAACAAACCUUCUCGUUCACACUUUCAGGUUGCGUGAAGAUGGGGGCUGGUGGCCGAACCUCUGCUCCUCCUUCCAACAGGAAGUCAGAGGCUGAUACUGUCAAGCGAGUGCCAUUUGCAAAACCUCCGUUCAGUCUCAGCCAGAUCAAGAAGGCCAUUCCACCUCAUUGUUUUCAGCGCUCUGUUCUCCGUUCAUUCUCCUAUGUCAUUUAUGACCUCACCAUUGCUUUCUGCCUCUAUUACGUUGCCACCCAUUACUUCCACCACCUUCCUCGCCCUCUCUCUCUCUUGGCCUGGCCAAUCUACUGGGCUGUCCUAGGUUGCAUCCUCACCGGCGUUUGGGUUAUUGCCCAUGAGUGUGGCCACCAUGCAUUCAGUGACUACCAGUUGCUUGAUGAUAUUGUUGGCCUUGUUCUCCACUCUGCUCUUCUAGUCCCUUACUUUUCAUGGAAAUACAGCCAUCGCCGCCACCACUCCAACACCGGUUCUCUUGAGCGGGAUGAAGUGUUUGUUCCGAAGCAGAAGUCCCGUAUGAAGUGGUACUCUAAAUACCUUAACAAUCCACCAGGCAGAGUCCUCACACUUGCUAUCACCCUCACUCUGGGUUGGCCCAUGUAUUUGGCUUUUAAUGUUUCAGGUAGACCUUACGAAAGGUUCGCUUGCCACUAUGACCCUUAUGGUCCCAUCUACUCCGAUCGUGAACGCCUUCAAAUAUAUAUAUCAGAUGUGGGAGUACUUGCAGUAUGCUAUGGGCUUUUCCAUCUUGUCAUGGCAAAAGGGCUUGCCUGGGUUGUGUGUGUUUAUGGAGUUCCAUUGCUGGUGGUCAAUGGAUUUUUGGUGUUGAUUACAUAUUUGCAGCAUACACACCCUGCUUUACCACAUUAUGAUUCGUCUGAGUGGGACUGGUUGAGAGGAGCAUUAGCAACAGUGGAUAGAGAUUAUGGAAUCCUGAACAAGGUCUUCCACAAUAUUACCGACACUCAUGUGGCGCAUCACUUGUUCUCCACUAUGCCACAUUAUCAUGCAAUGGAGGCCACAAAGGCAAUCAAGCCAAUUUUGGGAGAAUAUUAUCGCCUUGACGAGACCCCAAUUUACAAGGCAAUGUGGAGAGAGGCAGGAGAAUGUAUUUAUGUUGAGCCAGAUCAAAGUAAUCAGAGCAAAGGUGUAUUUUGGUACAACAAUAAGUUGUGAUCAUUAGAGCUGCUGUGGCUUCUCCUCCAUCAGGUGGGAAGGUUUGAACUUUCCAAGUGCUUGCUUAUUGGGAAUAUUUUUUUUUUGAACCCUGUUUUUGGUAGUAGUAGUAACAAGACGGUAGCAUAGCUGUUUUGUUUGCAGAAUAAGAUAUAGCAUCUCUGAACAGUUCGAUUACUGCACACAAGAUUUGAAGUCGGUGCUUUUGGACCAAGUUUCUCUAUGUAGUGCCGAUCUGUUUAUCUAUUGGGAAGCUUGUUCUUAUAUUUCAAGUCAUAUGCUAAUUCUGUGAUUGACUCAGGAUUCUGAACCUUGUCUGUUAUUUCUCAAGGUCGUUCCAAGUCAUUAGUAUCUAAAUGUUUAGAUUUACUACUAUCGAGUGAUUUAGUUUUCAAAUUUGCCAGAGGGCGUACAUGAUUAAGAUUAGCUUUAUCAACUAGUUUUCCUAAGGUUGAGGGGACAAAUAUAUGAAUUAUGUGGUGAAAGUGUACUGGUGUGCUUCGUGCUAUUUAAAAUAUAGCUUCAGCUUUCAACUUUAUUAAAAUUCUUUUUUCUCUUAUGGAUGUGAUAAAUUACAAAAUUCAUAAAAAAGACAAUACAACUUGGGGAUUAAAAAAAA